AUGAUGAAUGCUCUUAUAUGGAAUAUUAGGUCAGUCAAUACCAAGGAAGCUUUUACAAGGUUGAUAAAAAUGAAUCAAAGACACCAGUUUGGAUUUAUAGGUUUAAUGGAACCUUUUCAAGAUUCAAACAAGAUAGAGGAAUAUAAGAGAAGACUGGGUAUGGAACAUGCCAUGGCUAACAUAUCUGGUAAGAUUUGGAUUUUUGUGGAAGAUAUUUUUGAUUAUCAUAUAAUAAUGGAUCAUCAACAACAUUUAACCAUAAAUUUAAAGAUUAGAGGAAGUCAAGAGGAGAUGCUAGUAACAAUAGUUUAUGCAAAGUGUACUCAAAAUGAAAGAUUGGAUUUAUGGGACUCAUUGGAGGAUUUAUCUACCUCAGUUAACAUUCCAUGGAUGAUUGGGGGAGACUUUAAUGCAAUAACUUCAGAAGAGGAGAAAUACGGAGGCCUUCCAGUAACCAUUAAUGAAAUUAUGGAUUUCAGGGUCUGCAUUCAAAAUUGUGGAAUGUCAGAUUUGGGGUUUAGAGGCAGCAAAUUUACUUGGUGGAAUGGCCAAAAUGGUGAGGAUUGCAUUUUCAAAAGAUUGGAUAGAUGUUUGGGUAAUCAACUGUUACAAACAAAAUACUCUAAUGUUGAUAUCAAACAUCUGAUCAGGAGUGGCUCAGAUCAUGCUCCUAUGUUAAUCUCUUACACAGGAGAUAAUAGAAGCAUCAAAAAACCUUUUAAGUUCUUGAAUUUUUGGGUAGAUUUAAAUAAAUAUUUACAUCUAGAGGAAGAAUUCUGGAAACAGAAAGCUGGGAUGCAGUGGUUUCAGGAUGGGGAUAGAAAUACAAAAUUCUUCCAUGCUCAUGUACAGGGGAGAAGGAAAAGAAUGCAAAUAAGAAGAAUUCAAGGGGAAGAUGGGAACUGGAUAGAAGAAGAAGGGGGAAUAAUUGUCGAAGCUAUCAAAUUUUACACGAAUCAGUUUACAAAGGAAUAA